UAUGGUGGCAUAUUCUGUAGUUCUUUCCAUAAUUCUUGUCAUAAUAUGGGUUGGCCAAACUAGGUUAAAAAAAUUUAAAAAGUUACCACCAAGCCCCUUCCCAUGCUUACCCAUAAUAGGUCAUCUUUACCUUGUGAAAAGCCCUCUCUAUCGAGCCUUAGGUAAACUUUCCAACCGUCAUGGUCCAAUGCUUAUGCUUUGGUUUGGGACCCGUCGAGCUUUCUUAGUUUCGUCUCCAGAGGCUAUAGAAGAAUGCCUAACUUCCAACGAUAUGGCUUUUGCCAACCGUCCUCAUUUGCUUGCCGGAAAGCAUCUUGGUUAUGACUACACUACCCUUGCAUGGUCAAGCUAUGGUGACCAUUGGCGUAAUCUCCGACGUAUAACCUCUCUUGAGCUUUUAUCAGCUCAUCGGUUACACACCCUUAGCUCGAUUAGAGCCGAGGAGGUGAGGCUUUUGGGUAAGAAGGUGUACCAAAGCGCGAUGAAAGAUGGGACGGUUGAGAUGAAGUCGAUGUUUUUUGAGCUUAUGUUGAAUGUGUUAAUGAUGAUGAUUGCUGGGAAGAGGUACUUUGGUGAUUCAGUGGCCGAUGUGGAGGAAGGACGACGGUUUAAGGAAAUCGUGGAGGAGACGUUUAAAAUGAUGGAAACAACGAAUGUGUCCGAUUAUUUACCAUGGUGGAAAUGGAUUGGUGGUAGGGAGUUGGAGAAAAAAAUGAUUGCAUUAAAGGGUAAAAGAGAUGGGUUUAUGCAAGGUUUGUUAGAUGAGCACAAACGAAAACUAGUGUAUGUAGGGGAGAGUGAUGGCUCAAAGGAGGAAAUCAAAGGGAAGGAUGACAAGAAGAAUUUCAUUCAAGUUAUGUUGAUGUUGCAAGAAACAGAAUCUGAUCAAUAUUACAACGAUGAACUUAUCAAAGGAUUAAUGCAGGUACUACUAUCAGCAGGAACCGAUACAUCAAGCGGGACAAUGGAAUGGGUGUUAUCAUUCUUGCUAAAUAAUCCCGAACAUCUAAAGAAAGCACAAGUUGAGAUAGACACUUACGUUGGCAAAGAUCGUCUACUUGACGAAUCAGACAUAUCAAAUCUUCCUUAUCUGCGAUGUAUAAUAAAUGAGACUAUGCGAAUGAAGCCUCCUGGUCCACUUGUGUUCCAUGAGUCUGCAAAGAAUUGCGUAGUAGGAGGGUACCACAUACCACGCGGUACAAUGCUUUUGAUGAAUUUAUGGGCGAUGCAAAAUGAUCCUAAGAAUUGGGAAGAUCCUCAAGAGUUUAAACCAGAGAGAUUCAUAGGUUUAGAAGGAUCAAGAGAUGGGUAUAAACUAAUGCCAUUUGGAGCUGGUAGGAGGAAAUGUCCUGCAGAAAACUUAGCCAUGCGUAUGAUCGGGUUGACACUAGGAACACUUAUUCAAUGCUUUGAUUGGGAUAGAAUGAGUGACGAGAAAAUUGACAUGACAGAAGGAAAGGGAUUGACAAUGCCAAAAGCUAAACCUUUGGUGGCAAAGUGUCAACCUCGUCAACAGGCUGCAAAAUUGUUGAUUUAAAGGUAAUAUAGAGACAUAUCCCCGCCAAUAUUUAUACUAUUCAUUUGUGUUUAAGUAUGUAAUCUAAAGUUAUUUACUUAUUUUCGGUCUAGA